AUGACUGUUACCACAUCAACCACAGAUGGUGCGGCAGCACCGAACUCGACAGGCAUUCGAGUGGCCAUUGUUGGACUGGGAAUGGCUGGCCUAACGGCUGCUAUAGAGUGUCAUCGGAAGGGUCAUACAGUUGUUGGAUUUGAAAAAGCAGCGAGACCAACGCAUCCGGGGGACAUAUUCAGUAUCGGUCCAAAUGGAGCAUGUGUUAUUCAGAAGUGGGGGAACGGAUCCGUGGCCAAGUAUCUGGAUUCUGUCCGUUGCGCGAUUGAUACCAUUGUCGUUUACGAUGAGGCCGGAAAGGUCAAAGAACAGAAGGACAUGGAUGGAUUCCGACCGGGAGAGGGAUGGGUAAUUAACAGAUCUGACACGGUGAAUGCUCUGUAUGAUCAUGCUGUCAGUCUGGGGAUCGACCUACGGUUCGGUCUGCCAGUCACCGAGUACCGGGAAGAUGAUGAUCAAGCUGGAGUCAUGGUGAAUGGUGAAUGGAUCACGACAGAAUGUGUCAUUGUCAGUGAUGGAAUCCACAGCAAGGCUAGGCCGAUAAUUACCGGAGUUGAUUCUAGCUUGACGAAGACUGGAAGUGCCAUUUAUAGGUGUGGCUAUCCGGCUGAAGUUCUCAAAGGCUGUUCGGAAGCAGAAUGGCUGCUUCAGGACUCAGAUAAACAUGACCAACUGAGCCACUUUAUUGGAAAGGAUAUUACGAUGCUGAUGGGGACGGGAAGGCAUGGAAAAGAUGUGUACUGGGGCUGCAUGCACAAGAGUUUCCACGAUGUAUCAGAGCCGUGGCUUCAGGUAUCAGAUGCCUCGAAAGCCCUCAAGUAUAUUGAACACUGGCCGGCCAAGGCCCAACUAUCAGCUAUUAUCGAAAAAUCUCCGCAUGGCAAAUGCUUUGAUCACUUGGUUUUGGCCGCUGAUCCGCUGCCAAGAUGGGUUUCGGAGAAAGGUCGAAUGGUUCUGAUCGGUGAUGCCGCACAUCCCUUCUUACCAACAACAGGGCAAGGUGCAAACCAAGCCAUUGAAGACGGGGCUGUGGUUGCAAUCUGCUUGGCAUUGGCUGGAAAGCAACGCAUCCCAUUGGGUCUGCGUGUAAUGGAGAAGCUGAGGUAUCAAAGGGUCAGUCUGAUCCAGGAUGGGGGUCUGAAGAUGCUGCAGUCUCUCCACAAGGCUGAUUGGGAAGCUGACAACAAGGAGGAGGUUCCAACAAUGAUAACACGUCCGACAUGGAUCUUUUCGCAUGAUUGCCAGCAGUCCGCCUAUGAUGAAUUUGAGAAGGCGGCAAGUGCUGUUAUCACGGGGACUGAAUACCACCCGACGAACAUACCAGCGGAUGGAUUGUUCCGAAUCAUUGAUGAAACGAUGGCCAAAGAGAAAACAGCCUAA